UCCCCCUUCACACCGCUCCCGCCCCCUCCCCCCUACGAAGCCGAACGGCCAUUUUGUAAGAAGCGUCUCGCGCCUUCAUCACCCCUCGCGCGCGCGCAGAGAACGCGGCUCUACCACCAACACAACUUUAAGACAACAACAACCACAGCAGCCAUGAAGAUCUUCAUCGGCAACGUGCCCUCGCAGGCGACGAGCGAGACGCUGCAGGAGCUGUUCGAGAAGUUCGGCGCCGUGAUCGAGUGCGAGAAAAUCAAAGACUACGCCUUCGUCCACAUGCCCAGCGAGGACGAAGCUCAGGCUGCCAUUAGGGGCCUGAACCGCCACGUCCUGCACGGGGUGCAGAUCAACGUGGAGGCGUCGCGAGGGGGCGGCCCGCGAGGCGGCGGCGGCGCCUCGUCGCUGGGCGGCCUGGGCCGCGUGAGCCUGGCGGGCGCCACCAAGAUCUACGUGGGCAAUGUGAGCGCCGACUGCACCAACCUGGAGCUGCGCGCCAAGUUCGAGGAGUACGGCCCCGUCGCCGAGUGCGACAUCGUCAAGAACUCUCGCUCCCAGGACUACGCAUUUGUGCACAUGGACAAGGAGGAGGAUGCCUUGGAGGCCAUCAGAGGCCUCGACGAGACCGAGUUUAAGGGCCGCCGGAUCUCGGUGCAGCUGUCGCGUAGCCGCCUCCGCACCCAGCCGGGGAUGGGGGGCCGCACGGUCUGUUUCCGCUGCGGCUCUGAGGGGCACUGGUCCAAGGACUGUCCCAAGGACAACGGCGGCCCUCGCAACCAGCAGGACCGCUACCGCAACGGCGCCGACGGCGGCGUCGCCGGCGCCCUGGGGAGCGUCGGGGCCCUGGGCGGCGCCGACUUCGGCGCGGCGGCGGCGGCGGCGGCCGGCGCCUACGGCGCCGCGGGCGCCUACGGCAGCGCGGCGGCGGCGGCCGCGGCCGCGGCGGCCUACGGCGGCGGCUACCACCACCACCACCACGCCCCGCCGCCGGGGCCGUACCCUCCGCCGAUGGGGCCCCCGCCCCCGAUGGCGGCCCACAUGGGGCAGGCGAUGGCCGGGGCGGCCGGCGUGGGCGGGGCGUACGGCGGGGGCGGCGGGGGCGGCGCGUACGGCGCCGUGGGGGCGUACGGAGCCGGCGUGGGCGGGGCGUACGGCGCCGGCGGGGCGUACGGCGCCGCCGCGGCGGGGGCCUACGGCGGCGGCGGCGGCGCCGGUACGGCGGGGCCGGGGGGGGAGGGUCGUGGCGGGUUUCUGGGAGGUGCCGGGGCGUGA